UCCUCAUGAAAAUGUGCUCAUGCCGUCGCCACACGCUCGCCAUUCCCUCCUCACUACGCUAGAUUCUUUCCCCUCGAUGGCCGGGUUAUAUUUCCCCGCGCCAUGGGAACUGUCUGCCAUCUUUCUUUUCGGAGGCAUCUGCACAAGCACAAGCGACUGUGACGAAGUUUCUCUGGUUCUCGCUUUCUCUCGAGUUCUUUGUCCACAUUUCCACCGAUGGGUUCGCUAUCGGCCUUUGAUGAGCGUCUGCAGUAUCCCACGCCUCGUCGGGAUGAGUCUGUGGUUGAUAGUUAUCAUGGUGUUAUGGUCCCGGACCCUUAUAGAUGGCUUGAGGAUCCCGAUUCCGCGGAGACGAAAGAGUUUGUUGAAAAGCAGAUGAAACUGACAGAUUCUGUGCUUAAAACCUGUGAAACAAGAGAAAGGCUCCGUGAAAAGCUCACCGAAUUGUAUGAUUUCCCGAAAUAUAGUGCUCCAUCUAGAGCUGGGGGCAAGUACUUUUUCUUCCAUAACACGGGUCUACAACCUCAAAGGGUUCUAUAUGUUCAGGAUAGCUUGGACGGAAAACCUGAGGUUUUGCUUGAUCCAAACACAUUAAGUGACGAUGGUACUGUGGCGUUGACUGCAUAUGCAGUUAGCGAGGAUGCAAGGUACUUGGCAUAUGGCAUUAGUUCUAGUGGAAGCGAUUGGAUUACCAUUAAAGUUAUGCGGAUUGAGGACAAGUGCAUCGAGCCUGACACCAUUUCAUGGGUUAAGUUUUCUACUAUUAGUUGGACACAUGACAGCAAAGGAUUUUUCUACAGCCGUUAUCCAGCUCCAGAGAAUGGAAAGAAGUUGGAUGCUGGCACAGAAACAAAUGCCAAUCUACACCAUGAACUGUAUUAUCACUUUUUGGGUACUGCUCAGUCUGAAGACAUAUUAUGUUGGAGUGAUCCAGACAAUCCGAAACAUACACGUUCAGCCAAAGUCACUGAUGACGGGAAGUAUGUUCUUCUGUAUACAUAUGAAAAUUGUGAUCCUGUCAACAAGAUUUAUCACUGCGACAUAUCAGUGCUCCCUAGAGGACUUGAGGGUUACAAAGGCACAAAGGAAUUGCUUCCUUUUGUCAAGCUUGUUGACACAUUUGAUGCUUUAUAUCAGUAUAUUGCAAAUGAUGAUGCAAUUUUCACAUUCCUUACUAAUAAGGAUGCUCCAAGAAACAAACUAGUCCGAGUUGAUCUGAAAGAACCUACUUUUUGGAAUGAAGUACUUCGUGAAGAUAAAAAGGACGUGCUUGAAUCUGCUGUGGCAGCAAAUGGAAAUCAAAUUGUAGUGAAUUAUUUGAGUGAUGUGAAAAAUGUUUUGCAGUUAAGGGACUUGGAAACAGGUGCUCUUGUGCACCAUUUACCACUUGAUAUUGGAACAGUAACUGAGAUUUCUUCUCGACGCAAAGAGAGCAUGAUCUUUAUUGGAUUUACAAGCUUCCUCAUCCCUGGCAUUAUAUAUAAGUGCAACCUGGAAGCUGAGACCCCAGAUAUGAGAAUAUUCCGAGAGAUUGAUGUCCCUGGCUUUGACCGGACUGAGUUCAAUGUCAAUCAGGCAUUUGUGCCCAGUAAAGAUGGUACUAAAAUUCCAAUGUUUAUUGUGGCUAGAAAGGGCAUUUCUCUGGAUGGUUCACACCCCUGUUUACUAUAUGGAUAUGGAGGAUUUAAUGUCAGUAUUACUCCAUAUUUUUCUGUUAGCCGUAUUUUGAUUGCAAAGCAUUUAGAUGUCAUCUUUUGCAUUGCAAACAUUCGUGGAGGAGGAGAGUAUGGGGAAGAAUGGCAUAAAGGCGGUGCCCUUUCAAGGAAGCAGAAUUGUUUUGACGACUUCAUAUCAGCUGCAGAGUAUCUUGUCUCUGCUGGUUACACGCAAGCAAGGAAGUUAUGUAUUGAAGGUGGAAGCAAUGGAGGGCUUCUCAUCGGGGCUUGUAUUAAUCAGAGACCUGAUCUUUUUGGCUGCGCUCUUGCUCAUGUUGGUGUCAUGGACAUGCUACGGUUUCACAAGUUCACAAUUGGGCAUGCAUGGACAUCAGACUUUGGCUGCUCAGAUAAGGAGGAACAGUUCCAUUGGCUAAUCAAGUACUCGCCCUUGCAUAAUGUCAGGAGGCCCUGGGACAAACCUUCUCAUAUGUUCAUUCAGUAUCCUUCCACGAUGUUAUUGACUGCUGACCAUGAUGACAGGGUUGUGCCACUGCACUCACUGAAGUUAUUGGCGACCAUGCAAUAUGUUCUGUGCUCAAGCUUGGAGAAAAGUCCUCAAACUAAUCCAAUUAUUGUUCGUAUCGAACGUAAGGCAGGACAUGGAGCUGGAAUGCCAACUCAAAAAAUGAUUGAUGAAGCUGCAGACAGGUACAGCUUCAUGGCAAAGAUGCUGGACGCAUUCUGGAUCGACUAGAUGAAGCUGAUGUUAAUAUGGGAAAGAAAAAAAGCCAUAUCUAAGCUGCAGAAUGACACUGCAUUGUGGGGAUAAUCUGCUCGAUUAUGAUCAAUAUAAGAUGCUUCGGCUUUGCCAGGGAAGAAACAGUGCUUGUUACAGAUUUCAGUGUGUUUUUCUCUCAUGAUCAUCCUGAGUGUCUUUAAUGUAAAUUAUGUAAUCACUAAAUUACACUACUAUGAACAUUUGUCUACCUAAACGCUUAUGUAUUAGCCAAUGGAACAUAUUUGCAUGUAAAAUGUUGAAUUUUCAAGAAAUCUGAGAUCUAUGUUGAUGA